GUGACAACACCCUUUUGGCUUCACCCACAUCACACAAAACGUUCCAACAUGGUCCUCCUCGUCACCUCCGAUAACGAAAACUUCAAUGCCGACAAAGACGUCGUCGAGCGCUCGGUCCUCAUCCGAAACAUGCUUGAGGAUGUUGGCGAGUCCGACCAGCCCAUCCCCCUCCCCAACGUUUCUUCGACCGUUUUGAAAAAGGUUCUCGAGUACUGCGAACACCACAAAGGCGAGCCAUUGCCGCAGCCCGACGCGGACCAAUCUCAGGACGAGACACGCAAACGCACAACGGACAUCUCUGAGUGGGACCAGAAAUUCAUCAACGUUGACCAGGAGCUUUUGUUUGAGAUCAUCCUCGCUGCCAAUUAUCUCGAUAUCAAGCAGCUUUUGGAUGUUGGAUGCAAGACGGUUGCGAACAUGAUCAAGGGCAAAACGCCAGAGGAGAUCCGGAAGCUGUUCAACAUUGUCAAUGACUUCACGCCGGAGGAGGAGGCGCAGAUUAAAAAGGAGAAUGAAUGGGCUGAGGACCGGUAA